AUGUCAGAAGAGAGAGAAGAAAACGGGCCAUCUAGAGCCACACUAAAUACCCAGCGACUUUCAGCGAUGAUUGAUUCACUGAACAAUGAAAAAGAUGAAAAACUCUUUCAAUCUCCUACAACUAUUAAAACAGUGAUCCCAGGCGAAAAGGUGGACGAAAGUAAUGUAUUUAAACCCCCAUCGAGACUAUUAAGAUCACCUGCUGGUGACGUCUCGCUACCACCACCUGGUGACAACAGAUCAAGCAUGAUUUCUAACUAUUCCGGAGUCAUUCAAGAAGGCGUUGAAGUUUCAUAUAUUGUCAGGCAACAAAACCAAGAAGAGCAUGCCAGCAACGGUUCCAGUAGUUUGAGUCCUUUGAAACAGUCCGUAAGUAAAGAAGAUCUACCAGCGUUGCCUAUGUUGCCCUCAGAGGUGACGUUGACCAAACAACUGAAUGAUGGUCAAAGCAAAAAAUCAAAAAAUGAAGGAGACGAAAUUAUCAUUAGACCAGUUACCAAUGCCAAACCAGUGGGGAGGUUUAAUUCUAGCACCUCUAAGAAAGCAGAGAAUCGCGGGUCACUAAAGUUACUAUCAAGUCCUCGACGUCAGGAAAAGGGUUUGCGUUCUUCCAUUGGUUCAGGUAAUUUAGCUAGUGAGAGCGGAUCCUCCACUUAUAACACCAAAUUUCACCAGUCUAUCCAGGAGCAGUUAGAGGAAGAAGAAGAGGCCAAUGGCAGUGAUAAGCUUUCGAUUGUUUCUAGUGUGAUACCAGACUUGUCAACUAAGACAAAUGAUGUUCCCAAAGAAAUGAAGCCAAUACGUUCUGAAACCAAUGACUACAAUCCGACCAUUCCCCCCAGAAGUAAAGAUCGUCCUAGGUCAAGGUUGUUUAUCCAAGAAGGUGAUGUCCAAGACGACUUUUUAGAUGCAGAGGUAUUACUGACACCGAUCCAAACCGCUGGCCAUUAUAAGAAUCUAUCACAGAUUUCUACCGUUAGCGAACAAAAGUCCGAAUCAUACUACUCCGCAGCGACCAGUAUGCCUCCAGAAGAAGAGGCUUACUUGACGAGACCAUUGCCCAGUACGCCCAAUGAGGAUUGCAGGGAUGCAUCAAAUUUGAAACGUGACGACACGUUAAAGGCUGCACAUACUAAAGCAAAUAAAAUAUCAACUACUGCAGACGAACAAGACGAUGAUAAAUACGAGGAUAUUAUUGAGGAGACACCCAAGAAAACUAAUAUCAAGAAGGAUGCUAAAAAAAAGCAGAACAAAAAAAAAUCUGUUAAGGAAUUGCGGUCAUUUGACAUCGAUACUUUAAACCAGUUAUUGAGUGUGACAAAGGGAACCUUAAUUGGAUCUGAAUUUGCGCAGCUGGGGAUGCAAAUAGAGGAGAAACGUGCCCUGGAAAGAUUAGUGGACUCAUUGUCAAGAUUAACCGCAGAUAUGGUUCUCGAUCCCGAUCGUUAUGAAGAGGGGUUGAAAAGAUUGGACAAAGCUACAAAGGCCCUUGAGGGAUUCUGA